AUGACGACGCUAAAAUUCAACCCUAGAAAUUCCACUCGCAUAUUGCCGGAAAUCCUUGUGAAGCCUCUGUGCACUGAGACGACGAAUGCUUUGAUGACGCAUUGGCCCUCGAACUCCGAAUGGCAGGAUACCGAGCUCAAACCCAGCAUUUUGCAAAUAUUCGCGCAACUAUCCUCCAGAGUCUUAACCGGCGGCGACCUCUGCCGCCACAUAGACUGGCACCGCAUCCUAAUCACCUACACCAUCAACGUAUACGAAGCGACGCAGACGCUGACACGCUGGCCCAAGGUACUCCGUCCGUUGGUCGCACCCUUCGCCCCAGCCUGGCAGACGCUCAAUGCGCAAAUAAACGAAACAGAGAACCUGCAUCUGCCGGUAAUCAAGCGCCAGCGCGCGGAGCGAGAGAGGGAGAAAGCCUCCACGAACUCUACCUCCAACAUCACAGACUGUGUCCCCGACGCGAUCGGCUGGAUGGAAGAUGGCGCCCCAGGCCGGCCCUUCAACUCUAGAAACGCGCAUCUUCUACUCUCCUUCGCAGUCAUUCACUCAACAGCAGACAUGCUAACCCAAGUACUCUACGACAUCAGUAGCCAACCCGAUCUCCUCGCCGACCUGCGACAGGAGAUCAUCUCCAUAAUCCCGACGCACGGAUGGACGCCCGCAACACUGUACAACCUCAAACUGAUGGACAGCGUGCUCAAAGAGAGCCAGUGUCUCAAGCCGACGCGGAUAAUCUCGAUGGGCAGACUCGCGGAGGAGACAGUACGGCUGCACGACGGACUCACGAUCCCCAAAGGCACGGCGUUUAUGGUGUCCAGCCAUGCGAGGUGGGAUGAGGGUGAGUACACGGAUCUGCGACAGUUCGACGGGUAUCGGUUCCUACGCACGCGCGAGCGUCCCGGUCAAGAGAAUAAUCACCAGCUUGUGGCGGUGGCGACGAGUCAUAUGGGGUUUGGGUAUGGGAAGCAUGUUUGUCCCGGACGGUUCUUUGCGGCGAAUGAGGUCAAAAUUGCGCUUGGCCAUAUGUUGUUGAAGUAUGAUUUCCGCGCGGUUGGCGAUGGGGACGGGGCAAUUGUGGUUAGUCUAGGGUUUAACUUGUUUACGAAUCCAAUGGGGGAAACUGCGUUGCGGAGACGGCAGGAGGAGAUUUGCCGAGAUGUUUAA